AUGACCAAGCUCUCCACCCCUAUCCGCGUCGGUCGUGUCGACCUCUCCAAUCGCAUCGCCAUGGCGCCAAUGACUCGCUUCCGCGCCGACGACGACCACACUCCUCUGCCAAUGGUGGCAGAAUACUACGCCCAGCGCGCCUCAACACCCGGAACUCUCCUCAUUACCGAAGCAACCUUCAUCUCCCCGCAAGCCGGCGGCGCACCCAACAUUCCUGGAAUCUACAACGAUGCCCAAAUCGCUGCUUGGAAAGAAGUCACAUCCGCCGUCCACGCCAAGGGCUCCUACAUCUACCUUCAACUCUGGGCCCUAGGCCGUGUCGCCAGCGCCGACCAGCUCAAGAAGGAAGGCAACUUCCAAGUUGUCUCUAGCAGCGCCAACCCCGUCACGCCCGACGCCACCGUUCCCCACGAACUCACCGAAUCCGAAAUCCAAGACUGGAUCAAGGACUACGCGCAGGCCGCCCGCAACGCCAUCUCCGCAGGCUUCGACGGUGUCGAAAUCCAUGCCGCGAACGGCUACCUCAUCGACCAGUUCAACCAAGACACAGCCAACACCCGUACAGACCGCUGGGGCGGUAGCGUCGAGAACCGCGCCCGCUUCGCCGUCGAAGUCACCCGCGCCGUGGUGGAUGCCGUCGGCGCGGACCGCACGGGUAUCCGAUUCAGUCCCUUCAGCACAUUCCAGGGAAUGCGCAUGCAGGAUCCGGUCCCGCAAUUCAGCUACCUCGCGCGCAAGAUGGCGGAGUUCAAGCUUGCGUACGUGCACGUUGUCGAGUCGCGGAUUGCCGGAAAUGCGGAUGUGGAGGCGACGGAUCAAUUGGACUUCUUCCUUGAGGCCUAUGGAAAGGCUGGCCCUGUGAUCAUUGCCGGUGGAUACAAGCCGGAUUCGGCGCGGGAGGCGGUUGAUCAGAAGUAUCAGGAUUAUGAGACCAUUAUUGGAAUUGGAAGGCCGUUCAUUUCGAACCCCGAUUUGGUGUUUAGGAUUUUGAAGGGGGUGGAGCUUGUCCCUUACAACCGGGAUACCUUCUACCAGCCUAAGGAUCCCAAGGGAUAUGUUGAUUAUGACUUUAGUCCCGAGUUCAAGACUGCACAGGUGGCGGCUUGA